UGACAGGCAAGCAAUUUUGAGGCGAUGGGGAUUAGACUGAUUCCUUUAUGCUUGCCGUAUUCCGAACGUAAGCCUCCCUUGAAGAUCGAGACAAUAACGGAGCGGCUCCGGUCGGUUGGGACAGUUUCAUACUCUCACAGUUUCACUAGUAACUCGUGUAAAUCGUCAACCAGAACAAGGCCUACGAAUUUGAUGAGGGCUUGCUGAAGGUCAUCUGGUCCCGCCACUUUAUUCAACUUCAACAGUCUGAUCUCACGUUCGACUUCUAAGCGUGAGAUCAAAUUCAAAGGGGCAGCCCAGGAAGUCUGGCGAUCAUUGGCCGAAUGGAACACUAGGGACGAUUGACGUUAAUGAACUCCCAGGGAGCAGUUGUCCAACGUUGCGGUAUAAAGAAGGCUCCGCCUACACUAGUCAUUAUCUACCACCUAGGACUGAAGACACGCAAGAGGACAAUACCUGUUUAUGAACUCGAAAAUCAUAGCGUUACAGAUAUAGUGAGCAGAUUGCGGCAUACUGGAGGCCGACAUGAACUGCUUCUGAAACAGCUGCCCAGCUCCCAGCUUUUCCGUUUGAUUACAAUUUUGAAAGACAUUGUGCAGGGAAUCCCCUUGGGUGAAAGUCUUCAGCGAAUUGAGUGUCCAAUAAAUUUCCCCCCUGAGGAAGAUUUGAACCGCGUAGAUCCAGAGACACUUUCAAAGAUAAAGGCCUUAAUGGAUGAUGAAUUCGAGCGCAACCGCAUUACACCGACUAAUCCGGCCUUCGAAUACGACAAAUCGGUCGACUUUCCACAGAUGAAAUCGGAAGAGUGCCCGUGGGAUUCCGAUGAGUGUGAAAGUUAAUGCUGUCUGGACCACCCAUCUCACAACCAUGUGCUUCAGUUCAUGCAGGGUGCCACAAUCUUCUUAGGCCUACUCCAAGUGUGUGCAUACCAAACCAGCCACAUACACCCUCGAUUGUCGUUCUCAACUCGUGGCUUGCAGUGUCCUUCGGUACAAAUAGUGAAUAGCACCAUGACAAACGUUCUUGCCUCUGUGCUUUGUGUGUCUUUAGUUUUUCCCACAUCUGUACCCCGCUUUACUCACUGGCUAUGAUCACUUUUUGCAACUAGAUGACAUGGACGAUGCUGUCAUUUUCUCUUUUUCAUCAGUACUCAUUAUAACGGUGACAUCAAUGAUUAGUAGUCACUGGAUGAUAUUCCUCCGCCUGAUUCUACGUCAAACUCUCCAUUCUUGUCAGCGCUUACCUGGUUUGGUGAAGCCUUUAAGGUUACCAGUCGGUGACAUUGCGAAAUUCAAGGCUUGACUAAAGCAUGUACGUGUUAGGUUCCUGGAUGAGUUUCUCUGGAUCUGCCGUACCACACUGGUUUGAGGUCCUCUCUGUUAGUGUUUUCAUCCUCCCUAGGUGAUUAAAGUCUUGUAUGGCC